GAGAAGUGGAUAUGGGAACAAGGUCCCUCAAAAUAUGGCGCUUAUAUGGCCCAACCCAAAUUUUGUACUGCUCGUUACUUGUAUCGUGUUUUCUCACCGUAGUAGAAGAAGAAGAAGAAGAAGAAGAAGAAGAAGAGAAGAUGGUGGCUGUGAUGGUGAUGCCGGCCGGCUCGCGGCUUCGUGUCCACUCCGGCGCGUCGGCUGUUCCUUCCUCUGCCGGCAGCGGACGAGGAGGUGGGGCAAGAGGAGUACCUGAGAUCGAUGGCGGCGAUCAAGUCUCAUCGUGGUCUUCGUCUCUUUCUCCUCCGUUCCUGCGGUGGCCUGCGAGGAUAACGAGCGCGUCCAACCCAUUCGUCAAGCACUGCGUCAAGCUCCGGCUCAGCUCCGUCUACCGUCGGUCCUGCGGCUCCGCCCUUGUUGUGGGCCUUACCCCCAUCUUGGAGAUAUGCAGGUUUCAGCAAUUGAAAGGGAAUGAUGAUUCUAUGGUGGAUUGCUUGCUUUUGCUAGAUGGCGCAGACACCCUUGGAGGAUUCCAUCAUUUCUCUGCUCCUGUCGUGCAUGUGAGCCCUAUUGUGAUGAAGAAAGUCUCUGGUAUGCAGUCAAUUGAUUCCAUUGAAGCUAUUGCCCUUAUGAGGCUCCCUGGAACUUUCUUAAACCUUGAAGAGAAUGAUGAAAUUUGUCAACGUUGGUUCCCUUCAUCUCACCGGCUAUUGGUGCUUGACGGGAUCCAGGACCCUGGUAACCUUGGCACUCUGAUAAGAUCAGCUAUGGCUUUCAAAUGGGAUGGUGCCUUUCUGCUUCCUAACUGCUGUGAUCCUUUAAAUGAGAAGGCACUUCGAGCAUCUCGUGGAGCUUCCUUUCAGCUCCCUGUGGUUUCUGGUACGUGGUCUCAUCUAAUGACCUUAAAGACUAAGAAUAAGAUGAAGAUGUUGGCAGGUCAUCCAGGGAGUAGCGCUGAUGGAUCCAAUACGACUCGUUCAUUGUCUCAUGAACUUGCAGAGUCAUUGGCAGGUGAGCCUCUUUGCUUGGUAUUAGGUAGUGAGGGACAUGGAUUGUCAAAGCAAACUGUGCAGGCCUGCAAGCUAGUAAGCAUUCCUAUGGCUGGUGGGUUCGAGUCCCUUAAUGUUUCAGUUGCUGGAGGAAUAUUCUUAUUUAUGUUACAACCUGAAACCCGUAGAUAGGUAUGAUUGCCAUUACUUA